AUGUCUAAUUUCUUCUCCGCUCCGAAAACAGCUACUGGGUCUACGCAGCAGACAGGUGGGUUAUUUGGAUCCCAGCAAAAUCAACAACCGACAACCAAUAUAUUUGGAUCUAGCACCACUCAACAGCCAUCAGGUUCUAUGUUUGGUCAACCUCAAAACCAGACCGGAUCCGGUCUUUUUGGCAGUAAAAUGAGCAACGGCUCGAUUUUCGGGUCAACGCAGAGCGCCACGCAAAAUCAGUCGUCGAACCUCCAGCAACCCCCCAGCAUAUUUUCGGCAAGCAUAGGUCAACAAAGUCAAGCACAUCAAACAGUGCCUGGAGUGAGAAUCAGCGUCAAUGAGCUCCGACCAACAACGAGGUUCAAUGACCUGCAUGAGGAGCUUCAGAAAACAAUAGAGUAUGUUGAUGCAUUUGUCUUGAGCAAGAUCAGACUCCAGCAAGACUGUGAAAGUGCCAGCGAUAGCUUGGAACGAAUGUGUCAGUCCUUAGCGCCUGAUGUGGCCUACUGCAGUGAAAGCCUUGAUACUGUACAGAGGGCACUUGAAUAUGACGCGCAGUCUAUAGCCUCUGUCAAGACUGUGGUUCAUACCGACGCCGCAGACGCAAAGCUAAGCUUCAAGGUCAUCAACAACCUGAAACUUCCUCAGCAAUUUCAUCAUGCUACUUUAUGGAAUACCGUUUCAGUGCCGCAGCGCACCACACCAUCUUUCUCGGAUGAUGCAUCUGAAGAGAGAGCAAACCGCACUCUAGUCGACUAUUUCUCAACUCAGGCCGAAGAAUUGUCUAAAGGUAUUACGGCCUAUGAGCGAAACGUGACGGAAGUGGAAACCUACCUCAAUAGCGUAGAAUCCAACGCGCUUCAGCAAAUUCAGCAACUCGCUCUGACUCGAACCCACAAUGGCGGCGAGAAGAGCGCUGAGGAUCAAGUCCGAGAACUCGCUGCGGUAUUGAGAGACUUCGAGAGUGGCAUCCUUAGUGUCGCUACUAAAGUAGGAAACUCUCGUGAAAGCGCACAAGAUGCAAUGCUUGGGCCCGUCAAUGAGACACCUCGCUUUUAG